GACGACACCUAUAUAAUACUCAGUGUCUACACGAACGUCACAUAAGAAUGCGAUAGGUUUGAUUUAUUGAUUGUUACGAACAGGAUAAAGGUCACAUUCCUCCAUAUGAAUUUCUUUUUUUACUCAUCCUUUUACCUUUCACUUUGGAGUCUUUUUUUUUUUACUUCGUCGCACAUACGAAAGAAUAUACGUAUAAAAGCGUAGAGUAACACGUGUAUUAUUAAAGAAUGAAAUGAAAAAAAAAAAAAAAAAAACAAAGAAUGUAAUAAGAUCGAUCCUUUCGAGGUGAUCUGUAGAAAAAUGUCUUCUGGAAGAUCCUCGAUGUGAAUGUCAAGGAAUAUCGUAGCGAGAUAUGCUGAGAAGAAAAAGAAGAAUUAUAUACAUGCCCGGAUGGUUGGAGGGGCGUCAGACAUCGAUAAGAGAAAUCGAAUCAAGCUUGCUACGUGGAAUUGUGAAAGUAAAGGUGUAUCGUUCCUUUCGAGUCAGGUUAGGUCUAAUGGACAAGUUCUGUGCAUACCUGUUGCUCUCACUAUUCUACGUUCGUUUCAUUCCGGUUCUUUUACUCGUUUUAUCGACACUCUCCGCUUACGUUUCUCUAUCAACGAGUUGAUAAAAAAGAAAGAAAGAAAAAAAAAAUUAACGUGAUAAUACUACAACGGUGAUAACGGGAUUCCGUUUUACAGAAGUCAUUCCUUAGUGUCAAAUACAUAGCUUUUGACAAUUAUGGAGAAUUUGAAAAGAAAAUUGGUGGCCUACGGUCAGGAACAUCUGUUACAAUAUUGGGAUCAGUUAUCGCAAGAGGAGAGGGACAUAUUGGAGAAAGAAAUUUUAGAAUUAGACUUAGUCGAAUUGACAUCUUAUUAUGAUAGAGCAACGUCAUCGUUAUCUGCUGUUAAAAAUAAAUUAGACGAUAAAAUACAGCCUAUACCAGAAAAUAAUAUUGUUUCUGGCGAAGCUUGUACUAAAGAAGAAUUGAAAAUGUAUAAUUCAUUGGGAUUAAAAGAAGUAGCUGAUGGACGUGUUGCAGUUUUAUUAUUAGCUGGUGGACAAGGUACUCGUUUAGGUGUUACAUAUCCUAAAGGUAUGUACGAAGUUGGAUUGCCAUCCCACAAAACUUUAUUUCAAUUACAAGCCGAGAGGAUACGUAGAUUGGAAACAUUGGCAGAGAAAUAUUUAGGAAAGAGGGGUGAAAUAAUAUGGUAUAUAAUGACCAGCGAAGCCACGCACGAUUCUACGAUUAUUUAUCUUCGAGAAAAUGAUUAUUUUGGUCUAAAGGAGAAAAAUGUAAUGGCUUUUAAACAAGGUAUGCUACCUUGUUUCACUUUAAAUGGAAAAAUUAUUUUAGAUGAGAAACAUAAGAUAUCAAGAGCACCCGAUGGAAAUGGUGGAUUGUACAAAGCAUUGAAAGUCCAAGGAGUAUUAGACGACAUGGUACAACGCGGUAUUCGUAGUAUUCAUGUACAUUCCGUAGAUAAUAUCUUAGUAAAGGUAGCGGAUCCUAUAUUUUUGGGAUAUUGUUUAUCCGUAUCAACGGAUUGUGGCGUUAAAGUAAUUGAAAAAUCUUCACCGUCCGAGCCAGUAGGAGUGGUUUGUAAGGUGGACGAUCAUUAUCAAGUCGUUGAAUAUAGUGAAAUUUCAAAAGAAACGGCGGAACUUCAACAGGACGACGGUCGGCUGAUGUUCAAUGCUGCAAAUAUAUGCAAUCAUUAUUUUACCGUAGAUUUUUUAUUGGCACUUGGCAAUAAGUACGAGGCAUCAAUGGAAUUACAUGGAGCUAAGAAGAAGAUUCCUUACAUCGAUGAUAAUGGAAAGAAAUGCACUCCAACCAGUCCUAAUGGUAUUAAAAUUGAAAAGUUUGUAUUUGAUGUCUUCAAGUUCGCAAAAAAUUUUGUUGCCUGGCAAGGUAUUCGCGAAGAAGAAUUUAGUCCUCUUAAGAAUUCGGAUUCUGCCAAGCAGGAUUGUCCCUCUACCGCACGUCAUGAUUUACUUUGGCUUCAUAAGAAGUGGUUGUUAAAUGCAGGCGCGCAAAAAAUUAAUGGGGAUGUUGAAAUAUCACCUUUACGUUCAUACGCGGGUGAGGAUUUAAAUAAUAUAGCGAAGGACCAAUCAUUCGAAGGGCCUAGCGUUAUCGAAUAAUUCUAUGAAACAACUUAAUUAAUAGAUCGCAUUAAAGAAGAUCUUUUAAUCGAAAUUUUAUUAUUAUUAUUAUUAUUAUUAUCCAAGGGAUAUAAAACAUUUGUAUUUCUUCAGUAUUGUUAAAGAAGAAUGGAAAUAUUUAUAUUCCGUCUUCAUUUAAAAAUCAUACGUACGGUACAAUGUUGGACAAUAUUGAAUUAAAUUAACGAUUAAUAUUUACAAUUGAUGUUUUCGUUUCUAUGGAAAAUUUAGACUAUCAAUGUUUUCUGACUCUAUAAUAAUAGCUCGUCAAUGAUUCAUGGUGUGUCUCUACCUACGAAGUUAUUUAUCAGUACUCGAUCAUUGACUUAUAACCUCCUAAAUAGAUCAUAGAUCAUUGACAAACUAUUCCAUAGAAAUAUUUACCUAUAUUGUUAUUAAUCGUUAAUCGAUUGAAAUAAUGUACAACAUUGCUGUGAUUCAAUAUGAGAUAAGAAAAUUUUUUAUCGGUGUGCGAUUUUUGAUAACGAAUGUAUAUAUUGCGGUCUAGUCGAUUAUCGAGCAAGAUACCAAUAUCAUACAAUAUCAAUGGUAUGUAAUAUCUGUUUAUUAAAUAUAUACUUUUUAAUGAAUGCAAUAUGAUCGUUUAAAGAAAUACGAUAUAGUAUAAUUUACCAUAUCGUAUUUAUUAAUAUUAUUAAUAAUAAUUGUUAAUAAUAAUUUUUUUUUUUCUUUUUGGGUCAUUUUGUUUUUACCAAUAUCGACGUUACAAUGAUUAGUUAUCACUGUAUUAUCGAUAAUACGAUGAUUACUGCAUUAUCGACGAGUUACGAUGGUCGCUAUAUUAUCGAUAUUAUCGAUAAACUAGAUUACUGCUUUCGAAUGACAAAAUAUUAAAUGCCAAUAAUAGAUUGAUAAUUUUUAACUUUUUAUUUCUUUUUAUUUUAAUUCAUCUACAAGAAUUAUUUAUGAAAUUGUAUUAUAUGUUAAUAUAUCGAUAACGCAUAUUUAUCGUUCCAAAUAUUUGACGAAGUAACAUAAAGAUAACGAAUAUUAAUGAACGGAUUUAUGAAAAUCCGUCACACUAAAAAAUUUUACAAUUUUGAUAAUAUUAAAAUAAAAUUAAAGUGUGAUCUAUCAUAUAUAUAUAUAUAUAUAUAUAUGUAUAUAUAUAUGUAUAUAUAUAUAUAUAUAUAAAUACAUUCGCGGUAUUAAUCGUAAGUCUACAUAAAUAUAUACAGAUACAAUUUGUUAUAACAUUCUGUAUAUUUUUAUUCUUACAAUCCAUGUAUAUGCAUAAUACGCUAAUUUCUGAUUGUAUGCCCGUGACUAUUAAUUAGAGACUAAUGCAAUUUUUUUUUUCUUUCUUUCUUUUUAUCUUCUUUUUUCUUAUUUUUUUCUUUUUUUUUUUUUUUUCUUUUCCAUUUUCUUUUCUUUUUCUUUUACUCAUCGUGUAUACAUAUAGUGCCUUACAUAUUAAUUAUGUAUACGGGGAGUAAAAUAGGAACUUGUGGUCGCCUGAUGUACUUGAAACUUACUUACUUAUUUACUUAUUUACUUAUUUUUUUUCAGUAACACGACUACUACGAGCUGUAUUAAACGUUAUCGGAUGAAGUAAUAAAAAGAAAAAAAAGAAAAAAAAAAAAAAAAA